AUGGCUUCUUAGAAGGGAAGUAAGGUCUCACGCACAGGCCUACAGCUGUGGCACGGCACAGCCCAUUGUGAGGCCAUUGAAAGAGCGAUUAAAAGACCGACGUGUAUCAUCGUGCGACUCUUGUCUCGCUGAACACCAUCAUCCCCAAGGAGCGCCCGUACAUCCACGCAAUCCUACUUUCUACGUUCGAAUAAUGGCUGAAAUCAGGAGAAAGCUUGUUAUCGUUGGUGAUGGUGCUUGUGGAAAGACGUGUUUGUUGAUAGUUUUCUCCAAAGGAACAUUCCCUGAGGUCUAUGUUCCGACCGUCUUCGAGAACUAUGUGGCAGAUGUAGAGGUUGAUGGAAAGCAUGUCGAGCUUGCUCUAUGGGAUACGGCAGGGCAAGAAGACUAUGACCGUCUCAGACCUCUCAGUUACCCAGACACCCAUGUCAUUCUUAUCUGCUUUGCUGUUGACUCACCAGACUCUCUGGACAACGUUCAAGAAAAGUGGAUUUCUGAGGUGAUGCACUUCUGCGCCGGUCUUCCAAUCAUUCUUGUUGGCUGCAAGAACGACCUCAGACGUGACCGACGAGUGAUUGACGAGCUCAAGAAGACGAGCCAGAGACCUGUAACCCCUGAGGAGGUACGUUUUUAUUUCCUUCCUGACAGAUUUCUUUGGAUGAUGUGUCCACCUUUCCAGGGUAUGGCCGUAGCGAGCAAGAUUGGCGCGAGGCACUAUCUCGAGUGCUCGGCCAGAACAGGCGAGGGCGUUCGCGAAGUCUUCCAAUAUGCUACGAGGGCUGCACUUCUUAGCCGGCCCAAGAAUAGCAAGAAACACCACUGCGUGGUUGUGUAGGCUGCCUUACUUCCCACCUCGCCCGCACCCCGCCACUUCUCUGACUACACCCUUGCCCCUGUCAAGAGUCCAUACCCUUCACGACUAGUUGUUAUUAGCAAUCUUCAUGAUCUGUCCUUUCACUCGCUCUAUUUUUUUGCGUGACCGGACACGUGUGCGGCCUCAUCAGUAUUUGACUCUGCAUUGAUGUCUCUUUGU